CUCAUUGGUCUGCCUCUGGCCAACCCUUCAUGAGUCACUCAGAUUAUCUGAGUAUGGCGCCUUGGAGGACAUUCACAUGUCCCUGUUCUCUGAGAAGCAGAGAUGGUGUCAGACACAGAAGCAGACAUUUUGUGUUUAUCAGUUUUGAGGGGCAGCACACACUGAGGGCUGAGGCAGCCUGUUAAUCGCACCUUCACAGAGCCACCUCUUUCACCACUUUUACGUUAUUGAUUAUUUGUAACUACAUGAGAACAGCCUUGAGCAGAUUCCUCAAAUUCAGAUGAUCUUACCUGCUCUCAUGCAGCAACUAGGCUAUUGCAGCAAAGGCCACUAGGUGGCGCACCAGACUACUGAUCAAUGUGUGGCGUUGAGCAGACAUAUUCUAUAUUCGUAUACGAAAUAUAUAUAUAUAUAUACUGUACAUAUAUAUAUACAUAUCUCACAGACAACAUCGAAUUAACUGUCGUGUCUUUUGAAGAGGUAAAAUGUCAAAAAGGGAGCAGCUUUGAGAUUCGUUUGACGCACCGUCUAGAUAAGUAUCAAAGACCAUGAAGGGUUAAACGAGGGGCGUCGCCUCCGCUGCUGUGGCGGGUGCAGGUGAUGCCCGAUGUGCCAAGCCUCAGCAUCUUCCGAGUCUGACCAAACGGGGUGCGGUCACACCACACGAGUCUCCAAAUCGGAGAAACUGCAGAUCGAUGAGUCAAUUCAGAGCUAAACUACAACCAGGAGCCUUGUAAUUUAUUCAAGCAGAACGCAGACAACGCGGACAUUGUUCUCUCUUGUGUAGACAUGAGAUCGAGUUUUUGAGGAAAAGAAGACAAUAACCAAACGAACUAGAAGACUGUUGGACACGUAUUCCAUUCAUACGGUGAGAUCUAACAGAAGGAUUUCGCUAUUCAAUAGCCUACAACUCCAGUAGUAAAGCUAAGUGAUCCCCCCGUUGCUAAUAAGCAAUCAUGGCAUGGCCCUGCAUCACAAGGGCUUGCUGCAUUAACCGCUAUUGGAGUGAGUUAGACAAAGCGGACAUCGCGGUGCCGUUGGUCUUUACGAAAUACUCGGACGUGGCCGAGGGGCAGCAUGUGCACCCGCAGCGUAGAGACCGGCCAGUCGCUAGAGAGGCGCAGCCUCCCGCGAGCGAGCAGGAAUCUGCAACGAAGACGGCUCAGCACGCGAGUGCCGCAUUGGGUGAUGAGGGCUCGAGCUCGUCUGUGAUGCGUCAGGACUUUAAGGCUUGGAAGGUGCGCCCGGAGCGCAGCUGCAAACCGCGAGACCAGUACCACCCCUCCGGGGCCCCCUUCAACAAUGAGAGUCAGUAUCAAAAGGAUUACAAGCCAUGGCCCAUCCCCAAAAAGGGUGACCACCCCUGGAUCCCAAAAGCUAGCCCCACCAAGUCUGCCUCAGAGAGCGCAGUGCCCUCUGCUAAGGAGCAGGCUGUCACAGAGGUGGACACAGGCGUGGAGAAAUGCGAGAUUGAGGAGAAGCAGCAGGAGAAAGAGACGAAGGAGAGGGAAGAGAAAGUGCUGAAGAAGGAGAAGGAUGCAGAGAAGAGCCAGAGCUGCAAGCUGGGUCAGGAGGAGGCACCGGAGGAGGCGUCGGAGGGGAAAGUACGGGAGGGGAAAGGCAGGGCUGCUGCAGAUGCAGUCAACAGACAGAUCAAGUCUGGAAGCUCAUACAGGACGGAGUUUAAGGCCUACACUGACGUGAAGCCGGUGAGACCCAUGAGAGCCAAGUCCCAGUACGCGGCGCCCAGCAGUGAGAAGGCCACCAGUGAGAAGGCCACCAGCCUGGAGACCAGCUACAGCUCCAACUUCAAGGGGGUGCAGGGAGCGCCGCAGGACAACAAGCAGUUGGACCGCCGCCGGAUACGCAGCCUCUACAACGAGCCCAGGAAGGACACUGGCAAGGUGGAGAAGACCAAGCCCAAGAAGAGCACCACACCCACAAGCCACAGCAAACAGAUGAAGAAGGCCAAGGAGAAGCAGACGGAGAAGAGCCAGCCACCCAAGAAGAAGAGCUCUGUGAUCAGCCUCCAGUCAGACCCUGAUGCCAUCGCCAUCGCAGACGCAGACGCAGACGCAGACGCAGACGCAGACGCCGCCGUCAGCAAACAGAGCAAAGAGAUGAUCAACAGACUGGCCGAGGGGAAGGAGUAACACCUGGUGCACUUUACACACGCUGAUGUGGGGAGUCAGGUUAUGCCCCGGUGGGAAACAGAGGAUUCUCCUACCCUCUUUUGCCCCUUGUCUGCCAGUAAACCCUCUCCUCUCCUCUCUUCUUCUCUCCUCCCGUCUCUCCUCUCCUCUCUUCUCUCCUCUCCUCUCCUCUCC